GUGGUGGCUCUGUUUAUGAGAAUGCCUCUCUUUCGCCCCAGAUCCGUUCGCCAAGGGCAGUUUCUGCUAGCUGCGAUACAGCAAGACCUCGUUAUCGAGGAUGGCUUGAGAACCCUACAUCCAAUCCUGGAGCAUAUCACUUGGUCUGCGAACAUUGCCUUGGAAGGAACAUACCCCUUCACCCGAUACGAUGGUGGACCGCUUACUGCCUCGAAGCAGAAAGUGGCCGGCACGCCGCUGGCCGCAGGACGUCGCUUCUGCUGCAGCGAAAUUAAGGGGGACUGGAAAUGGUUGGAAAAGGUGUUACGCCUGCUGCCCACUCCUGUGAGUAAGAAAUUGUGCUACAUGUGUGAUGCUUGCUCGGAUGAUUCUGCAAUGAAGUAUUACGACACAGGCGACGCACAGCAGAUGGCCCUGGUAUCCCUGGGAUAUUUCGGUGAUCCUGCUAUACUGGAAACGCAGCAGCUCCUGGACGUGGCAUUUUCAAGAUUCAAAGAAUGGAGAUUGAGACACCGAAUCCCGUGUUCUCAGAAGCGCUUCAAUGUCGGCUUGAUUAUCAAGAAACAACACGGCCAUUAUAUGACCGCCAAGGCAUACAAUGGAAGAGUGAUACUCGAGUGGCUCUCGGAUGUAACAAGAGAGGUGGUGCAGGAAGGUCGGCUGCAAGACCCCCGUUUGCCCCUCCUGGCCGUGGCAAUGAAACUUCGAGAGCAAUAUCCCUAG